UUCUCCUCUCAAGCUAGUCUGAGGUUGCAGGGCUGGCUUUGCCCCCCCCUCCCCAUUUUGGAGAAGUGGCGUCUGAAGCCUGGACACGUUGGGGGAAGGGAGGCAGGAAAGUAAAGUGGAGCCACACUUGCUCCGCCUGGAGCUCGGGGGCCUCCUCCGUGGGAUUUUCUCUCGGAAGGGAGGGUGUCCACGGCACAUGGGAAGCAGUUAGGAAGCCUGGAGGAGGCGGACGAAAGUGGUGCGGAUUUUGCUGCCCAAAGUUCCCGUUGCGACCGGGCUGCCAGUCUUAUGAGACACUGUGUCAUCGUGCCCAGCUGGGGCGAGAGGGAGGAAAAUCCCUGCGAGCCAAAUUUGGCAGUGGAGGAGGAGGAGGGGGGAGAGAAGAAAUGCCAUCUUCAGUGAUUUGCGGCGCCUGCUGAAAGCGACCGAGCGAGCCCCGCCGGCCGCAGACACUGCCGCUCUCUUGGUUGGGUAAUGCACGAGAAUCGUCGCCCUUCACCGCCCGGCGUGCGAACCCCUUUCUUUGACUGAAUAUAUACAUGCCUGCAUACAUAUUUUAAAAAAUGACGAUCUGCUUAGAAGCAUCAUGGCCAAUGGGACGGGGACGGCGGUCAUGCUGAAAUGCGUGGUGGUCGGAGACGGAGCGGUGGGCAAAACUUGCCUGCUCAUGAGCUAUGCCAACGACGCCUUCCCGGAGGAGUAUGUGCCCACCGUCUUUGACCAUUACGCAGUCAGUGUGACCGUUGGUGGCAAGCAGUAUCUCCUUGGGCUGUAUGACACUGCGGGACAGGAAGACUAUGAUCGCCUGAGACCAUUAUCUUACCCCAUGACUGACGUCUUCCUCAUCUGCUUCUCCGUGGUAAAUCCAGCUUCCUUUCAGAAUGUGAAGGAGGAAUGGGUGCCAGAGUUGAAAGAAUAUGCCCCCAAUGUACCCUUUUUGUUAGUUGGAACCCAGAUUGAUCUUCGUGAUGAUCCCAAAACUUUAGCGCGGUUGAAUGACAUGAAAGAGAAACCAAUAUCUAUGGAACAAGGACAGAAGCUAGCAAAAGAGAUAGGAGCUUGCUGCUACGUGGAGUGUUCAGCUUUAACACAGAAAGGACUGAAGACCGUUUUUGAUGAAGCUAUUAUAGCCAUUUUAACUCCAAAGAAACACACAGUGAAAAAAAGAAUAGGAUCAAGAUGCAUUAAUUGCUGCCUGAUCACGUGAGAAGAACCUGUCAAGACAAUGGCCACACCUACUGUGAAACUUCCCUACAUAUACAUACUUCUUAAAACCCUCCUGUUAACUGAUCAUAAAUUAAUUUGGAAGCUGAUUUUAGGAAUUGGCACUUGGUGAAAUCCAAAGGGUGGGGGGAAAGAAGACAAAAUUCCAUAUCUGUGAAGGAGCAAGCAACCAUCUGUUCCAAAUAAUUUAUUAGGACUGGAAGGAAAGUACAGUCUCUCAGGGGUAACACAAUUUAAGACACAUGACAGAUGUAUCAUCGUGUUGCCGUGGCACGCAAAUCAUGCUGUGAAAGGAGGUGCAAGGCCCAAUGACGCUUUGAAGAUGUAUGGAUAGCUUUGACCCACACGGAAGUCUCUGCACAGUCUUUAUGGAAUCGGCACAACAAAAAAGCCUUCUCUUCUUUGUGUCUAUUAUCUGCUUUUGUAUGUAAGCUGCUUUCUAUUCCAGUAUAUCCACAAAGGUGCAAUGAGGAGACCAGCCACAUAGCCAAAGGUGGCGCCGAGUGAACAGGAAAUGGGCCACACCUAAGGGAAGAGAAUGCUGUGUUAGGUGGGAAGGGGAAAGGAAGACAUUGUGGCUUUAUAAGCACAAGGGUUUGGGUUGUAAUUUACAGAAGAAACCAAAAUUCAGUACAGGAUCUAUUUUAGAGCUUCAUGUGCUUUCUUGGAGAAUGCCAAAAGUGUUAGCAGUCAUGCAUUUAUUAUGAACACUAAAUGUUGUACAGUUUUUCAUUAACAUGCAUUAAAAUGAAAGUAGGCUUCUGGCUAUUAUA